ACGAGCACAGUGUCUGCACAGCACUUCACCAACGCAGCUGACUGGCUUUGGCUCUCGAUUCGUUGCCGCACUAUGAAGUACGCGUUGCUCCUAAGCGUCCUGGUUGCCUGUGCCGUGGCACAAAAAGACUACAACAGAGGCUACUUCCAGUACGCCAACGUCAAGGGUGCAAAAGAGUACGAGCACGGGUACAACAGAGGCAACCCGCAGCACUUCCGUACUCAUCACCAAAGGAACAAGGACCACACCUUCCAAGCCAAGAUGACCUGGGGCGACUACGUGGGCGGCCAUGGCGAACACUACUUCGAGUACAACCACGGACCUAAGUCAGCGGCUUACGAGAAGCCGGCCCCAUAUGCGCCCCGGCCUUACCUGCCGUACAAGCCUGCCUACAACUGAAUCGUACGCGACUGUCGGAACACCACGUGUCUUUCAUACCCGCCGUCCAGUCGCCUGAUGGUUGUCAUCUUUGAGUGACGUAGCCUGUAUGGUGUAACUCCCGUGGCGAGGCCCGGGAGCUAGCCAUGGACGUGGA